AUGGCGCCGCCGGCACGACCUGCACGACCUGCACGACCUGCAUUGCGACUGCAACGAACGCUGGAGCGACCUUCACCCAAGGUCAUGCUUGGUGCACCUGCCUUGCUGGCAGCAAUUGGCGCAGUUCAGAAGGUCUCUCGAAUUUUGCGCCGCGCUGCCCCGUCGCGGCGCCAGUUGUGCGGUGUCGCCCUGCUGCCGGCAGCAGCUCAUGCUGAGGAGGGCUUGACGAAGAUCGGCAACAAUCAGUUCAGCAUCGAUCUACCCAAGGGCUUUUCAUGGAAUGAGAAGUUCAUUUUGGCAAAGACUCACAACUUUGAGCGCAGCGUCACUGCUUCUGACCCAUACGGCAAAUGGAAGGUUGGCUUGACCAUUGAUGAGGUCUUUGCCAACAGUUUGUCCGAUGUUGGCUCAGCAGAUAGCGUGGCGGAUCGCAUCGCUUCCAUCGAAAAGCAGAAGGAUGGGAAUUUCACCACUGAGGUGAUGUUUGCAAAGGAUAUUCCUGCAGGUGAUGUCCAAACCUAUUUGAUCGAAUACCGCUGUGACACUUCCAGAGGUUUCAAUCACUUCCUGGUGCGAGUGGCCCUUCAAAAAGGCAAGCUGUACACUGUGACCUCCCAGGCACCAGAGGAUCAGUGGAAGACCUUGGAGGAAGCCACACGCGCGUCCUUCGACUCCUUCAGGAAAAGGGGCACUUCAUCGUACUUCGUGGUGACUGAAGAACAGAUGCUGGUAGAAGCAUUGCGGACAGCAACAGGCAACGAACGGACUGCAGCAAACAGAAACUGCACGGUCAGCAGCAAACCGCGCAGUGAUAUGCUGUGGCCACCAGGUUGUGAGGGGAGUUUCAAUGAUUUCCAACAGGUCAACCGUUUGCAGCUCUGUGCGGGCUCCGGAAGGCGCUUGCCAGACCUCGCCCACCGAUUCAAGGAGUCCCAUACUGAGCGACGGCGGACAGCUGGUUGUGGAUACUUUUUGGAGUGGAGCCACUGCCAGGUGCUCCGUUGCGGUGGUGCAGAGUUGCUGGUUGCAACGUUGCGUGUGGACGCCGAGCUACGGGUGGCCAUAAAAAUCAGUUCCGCCAGCUUGAGUUCAGCAGGAAAGGCCGAGGUCGCCAAGCAAAGCAUCGACAGAAAGCCUCUUCAGCAUUUCUUGGAGCGAUAUACAGCAGCCGCUUGGUGUUUGGUUCAGCUGGCGAGCGGAAGCUCGGCACAAACCAAGCAACUGGUGCAGGCACGAAAUGCCAGCAUGGCAAUAUUGCAGCUUUGCGGUCCGAACCUUUGUGAGAAGGAGAAAGCCUUGCUAAGCUCGCCUUCAGUCGUCAUGGCCAGUAUACUCCGCGUGUGCCUCACCAUGCUGGUGCUGAUGGGGGCAGAUGGCGGCCCGCUGGCCUAUGGCAUUUGCCAGACAGGCUGCAAUUCGCUGGCAGUGGCUUGCUAUGCCGCUGCUGGUGCAACCUUCGGCACCGUCACUGCAGGAGCUGGUGUUCCGGCCGCAAUCCUUGCAUGCAACGCUGCGCUGGGGACAUGUAUGGCUGCCUGCGUGGCAGCUGGCUUUGUGCUUUGCAGAUUUGACAGCUCCAGCCGCGUUUGCAUGGACUUGUUGGCGGUGAUGUCGAUUGCAGCUUCCGGGACAGCCCCAAAACUUGAGAAGGUGGAUUGCGCCUUUGACUUCUUUGCGCAGGUCCUGCAAGGUACAGCCGAUGCUGAGAUGUUGAGCAGUGCGAUCUGGGGCCUGUGCUAUUUGCUGGAAGGGGCCAAGGAGGCAUUAUUCAUUCCGCUACGGGGAGAACGCUUGUCCUACCAAAAUGUUCUGCUGACCAGUAGUGUCACUGCAGAACCGGAGGUCCGGCCAUUUCCAGAGAACUGCCAUGCUAACGCUGUGGAAUUGUUGGGGAAGUAUGUGGUGGCCAGCAGACUCCAAGUGAAUGAGAGAUGUAUUUAUCACGGCAAUGCUGAAAUCAUCCUCUUCGCUCCCAUUACCUUCAUGCAGGAUGUGAGACUGAAUGGAGACUUUGUCAUUAGCGCCGAGAAAAGCUUCGACGAUCCCUGCAUUCACGUCCUUGGCUCUCUGGAAGUCCGGGGCACUAGCUCGAUUCAAGGAUGCAGAUCUUUGAAAGGUCCCGGAGCCAUGGACGUAGAAAAACAUGUUGGAGUUUCAAGCAACUUAACAUUCAAAGACUGUUACACCGAUGGAUCUGCUGGUGCAUUGCGGGCAAGGGCUCUUCGGGUGCGAAAACCAACUGCCGUUUUAUCCUUUCAAAAUGUGAGCUCCAAACAGUCCAUCGGAGCGGUUCAUGUGCUGGGGAGUUUUGAAACUCGUGGUACAGUACUGUUUGAUUCCAUACGUUCAUGGGGUCACAGCGGUGCAUUGCUGGUGGAGGGAAAAGCAGAACUGGAGUCAGGGGCCCGAGUGCACUUCAGCAAUUGUACGGCCAAACGCAAUAGUGGAGCAGCCACGAUCACGGAGGGUCUGAUGAUUUCCACAGAAGCACUGAUGACUUUUGAACAUUGCCGCAGCGAAAACAACGCGGGUGCUUUAGAGACUAGCGGCUUGCUGCAAAUCGAAGGAAACCUCUCCUUCAACAACUGCAGCACGAAGUUCGAUGGAGGAUGCCUCUUUAUGAAUCGGAAGUCGAGGCUGCUUCAAGGUGCCGGCUUCAUGUCAUUCUCUGCUUGUGUGUCCACAUCGGGCACCGGUGGAGGAGUUGCAAUUGCACAGAACGGGAUGGUUCAGCUCAGUGGGGGCAAGAUGGUGUUCAACAAGUGCGAGGCGAAGCAGGGAGGAGGCUUCAAGAUGAGGAGAGGAAGGGUGCUGAACAAUGGUGGGAGCAUAGAAAUGACCGAUUGUCACGCCAAAGUACUUGGAGGAGGAGCCUCCAUUUCAAGCAGCGAGAUCUUGUUUGAUGGAGGUAGCUGGAAUUUUCAUGCAUGUACAGCUGGACAGACUGGUGGCGGUCUGGAGAGUACUGGCAAGAAGGAAAAGACGUUUCGAUCUGGUGCGCUGAAUUUCAUCAAUUGCACCGCAGACAAGUCUGGAGGAGGUUUUCAUUUGCAUGGGGGUGCUGCGGUGAUUGGAGGUGCCCGCAUGACCUUCACAAACUGCACAGCCAAAAACCACGGUGGGGGGCUGCAUGCAGAGGGUGCUGCUGUGCAGCAACAGAGAGGCAACAUCACUUUCAGGAACUGCUCAGCCCAAAAAGGGGGAGGUCUUUUUGCCUUCGAAGUGCGUCAAGACAGUGGCGUGAUGAACUUCGAGGGAUGCAAUGCAGAGAUCCAGGGGGGCGGAUUGUGGAGUGGUCAUGGUGGCUGGUCGCAAGAUGGUGGCAACUUGAGUUUCACUGACUGUUUUGCAAAGGAGACAGCAGGUGGUGCAUAUUCUCGAGUUGGAGCCAACUUAACACAUGCAGAAUUCGAGGAAUGCUACGCAGAUGGAACAGGAGCUGCUUUGUUUCUUCGUGGGGCAGGCUACCUCAGGUCUGUGAAAGUUUCAAAUAUCCUGGUGGUGGACGCUCCGCUGGAGAUCAAUUCCGCACAUUGCACCCAGAUUGAGAUGUGUCGCUUCAAAGGGAGCCCCGUCAAGGCCACCAAGCUCCGUUGCCGUCGCGGCAGUGGCCUGGAGGAGAUGGCGGAGCAUGCGGCGUGCCAAAGCUGCGACGCGGGAGCAGUGCAGCUGUGGGAUGGAGGAACCAGCUGCAGACCCUGUCCAAAACCUUGGGAACUUUGCAACACAACACACUUCAAGACGCUGGAAGGCUUCAUGGUUAGCCCAUCGAACCUCAGUAAGACGUUCUUUUGCCCAAACGCCAAAGCUUGCCCAGGAGGAGAUAUGCCUGCAAUGUCCACGCCAAUGUGUGCUGAUGGCUACGUUGGAGAUGGUUGCGUCAGCUGCAACCAGGCAACCCAUGCCACUGCUGACAAUAGUGUUGCCUCCUGCGUGAAAUGCGCUGCUUCCGAUGACAAGAUCAUGCAGGUCUUGCACAUUUUAUUUGCUGUCGUCAAGGACAUCGUCCUUUUUUGCGUGGCUGUUGCUGGUAUUCGUGGCGCGGCCCAUACAAAGAAGCACAGUGGGGUUUUCACCAACCAGUUCAUGUCCUUUGCAACCGUGGCAACCAGCAGUGUUGCAGCUGUCAUGCAAACAAACGUGUUUGUCCAGUUGAACAGUGAAUUCCGACUGGCUUUGCAAGCCACCGGAGUCCUGGCAGAUUUGGGCAAUGGCGAGAGUGGAGGAGGCGGCGCAGGUAUGGCAUUUGAGUGUUUGGUGAGCUAUUUGGGCUUUCAGAAGACUGUGUGGAACGCACACAUCUACAGCUGCAUAGUUCCUGCACUGCUAAUGGCCAUCCUGGCGCGGCAGCAAGACUUUUGGUUGGCCAUGGUGGUGGGAACCAACUGCUUUUUGCCAGGCGUUUGCGCAGACUUUGGGAAGUACUUUGUGUGCUUUCGUGUUCAAAGGGAGCAGGAUGGAGGUGAAUUGCAGUGCAACUUCAUGCCUCCUGGUGUACCUGCAGCUGUUCUCCUGGCAUUGAUGCUGCUGUGCUUCGUGCUGGCUACUGUAGGUUGGACCAAGGUGGCCUAUUCCAAAACACUUCCUGCCCCAAAGCACGUGCUCUACCUGAGCAACGCAUACAAGCCAGAGUACGCUGCAUGGGAGACUGAGCGAUUGCUGCGCAAGAUGUGCUUGAAGCUCCUUUGUGCAUUUUUGCCACCCUCCCUGAGCCCAUCGCUACAUAUGACAGGUGCCAGCAUCAUUUUGUUGGCGUCCUUGGGAUCCUACCUGCUGCUAUCGCCCUACAAGGUCGAGCUGUGGAACCGUUCGGAAAGUGCUUUGCUCACCUUGGCCCUAGUCAUGACUUGCCUCUCCAGUUGUUUGAUCAGCAACGAGUUGGAUUGGGGUCAUUCAGAGCUGACUCAACGAAUCCUGCUGUUCACCAUUGCUGGCCUUGCUGGAAGUGUUUCAUUUGGGAUGGUCCUCGCCAUUGGCAUGCAAAUGAGGAAUGAAUCCAAAGCUUCAGAUACCUCAGUGGCAUGA